AUGUCCCUUCCGUCUCUCCUGGGAUUCACCUGGGGUUCUGCACACACUGGGUCCCAGCAUGGACUCCCCUCCCCUGUGUGGCCUCUUGCCACGGGGCCUUGGAAGAUCACGGACUCCGAGGGCCCGAGACCCACGGCCAAGCAGGCUCGCCGCGUCCCCCUCUCCUCCCCGACUCCUGCCUUCCCGCAAGAGCCUCGUGCGCGGCGCAGCGAGACGACCACACGGCGGCCCCCAGCGCCUCCCCCCCGGCGCCAGUCCGCACGUUCGCUCCCCGCCCGCCGCGCCCCUGCCCCCGGACGCGCCCCCGCCCCGCCGAGCCGCAGCCACCGCACCCGCCCGGCCCGUGCACGGAGGCUCCAGGCUGACCCUCCGCACCCGCGGCCGCUGCAGGGACGCGUCCCCAGCCACGCGCCUCCCACGGCCUCCCGCGGGGGGGGCGCCCGGAAGCCCCGACCCGCGCCGUCCCGCGCGCACCCCGCACAGCGGCCCGCAGCCGGGCUGGGGAAGGCGGCGCCCCUCGGCCCCCCGUCCCGGUCCCCGGCGCCCCGCGGGUCUCGCAGGAAGCGAGCUGCCGGCCGGGCCCGAGGCACCGGCUCCGCGCGGAAGCCGACCGGCCGCCCCGGCCCCUUCCCCCCGCGCGGCCGCCCCGGCCCCUUCCCCCCGCGCGGCCGCCCCGGCCCCACGACUGCCGCCCUGGCCGGGGAGGGGGCGAGGCGCGCGCGCCCCCGCAGCCCCCGCCCCGGCAUCCGGGGCACAGCACGGGGACCCCGUCCAGUGGCGACUUCCAGGAGAGGGGCAGUGACGGGCACCAGCGCUCGACGAGGUCCCGCCCAAACCGGGACCCGCAGCACCGAGGCCCUCGGCGACCGCGCGGCCCCGUGUCCCCAGGAAGGCCGCAGGCCGCCGCGGCGCAGCGCGGAAACCCGCCGGGCCGGGCUCAGGGGGCGCCGGCGGCAGGUGUCCCCGAAGGAGCCUGCGGGGCGUGAGGCGGGGGCGGGUCCUCCGCGCCCCGCUGCGCCCCGCCUCCCUCCGCACGCGCUCCCGCUCGCCCCGGCCGGUCGAGGCAGGAGGGUCUCCGAACGGCGGAACGCGGGGAGCCCCGGGUCCCUCUGGCCGCCUGGACACCUGCCUCCGUCCCGGACGCGGAAGACGCGCAGCGCUGCGGGCCGGGCCUCCCCGGGGGCCACAGGCCGGGGCUGCGGAGCGGCUGCCCGCGCCCCCGGGGCGUCUGCACGGGCCGGGGGCGCGCGGUCCCGCCGCUCGUCGGAAAACCGGGGACGGCCGGGAACCCCUCUGCGCAGCCUGAAACCCUGGUGGGUCCCAGCUGCCGUGGGAUCUGCCCGCCAGUGGCGACUUGGGGUCUCCAGCCUCUUUCCCUGGAGCCCGGCCUGUGCGGUCCAGAGGCGCCCCCUGCACCCCGGGGGCCAGGCCGACGUGCUGCCCUCGAGGCCGGCGCGCAAGCCCCGGCCGCCCCAGCCCAGAGAGCGAGGCCACGUCGCGGGUCCCGGCUGCGCACGAACGUGUCCCUUUACUGGCAAAGCCCACGGGGCAACCCGCCUCUGCUCCCCCGAGAAGCCACCGCCCCCGACCCCCAACCUAGACCAGCACCCGGCACCGCCCGGGGGCCCUGCUGACGGGCCUGGUCCCCGGGAAGGCUGCAAGCCCCACGCCGCAGGAAGGGCCUUCAGCCAACAGCUGGCCACCGGCUUCUGGCAAAAGGCCGCGGCAUCCCGGGAGCCAUCGAUGCCCCAGGAACGCGGCUGCUCUGGGACUGGGGCCCCAGCCGGCGCCGAGGACCCAGGUGCUCUGAGCGGGCGCUCAGGUCGCACGCACAACCCAGCAGAUGAGGUCUCCCUGCGUGGAAGGGCUUCCUCCCAGGAGGACAGCAGCUCUGGCUCCCACACCACAGCCUCUGGCCGCCUGGGGAAGAUCAGGCAAAGCGUCAGUCAACAGGGAAGCGGGCAGGAUGGCCCCCGCCCCUCCAACAGCAGCCCCAUGGCCGGAGCCACCCCCCCCAACGCCAGCGGACGGCUCCCUCUGACCGCAAGGUCCCCACCAGGAUGGAGGUGUGCGGUGCCCACACGAGGGGCUCUGCUCCAGGUUCUGUGCGGAGCGGUUGGCGGAGCCUGCAUCGGCCAUGCGGAGGCCCAGGGGACCAUCCUGCUUUGUUGCGGACACCUGCUGUCCUCCACAGCACACCGCAAUGGGCUGCCCUCCCGAGACCUGGGGGACAGUGCCCCACGAGACUCCCGGGUCCCAAAGAGGCGGUAA